AUGUUAUUUAAUGUCACAAAUUCAGUUCCUUCGCUAAUUGAAAGACAAGAUCCUAACAAAUGCACAAGUUGUCCAGAACCCCCUUCAGUAUGUGAACCAGCUUGUAAAUCUGAUAGCGAAGUUUGUAUAAUAACGCCACAAAGUUGUUUAUCAUGUCCAAAAGCAACAUGUAGAUUGGCUAAAGACGAACCAUGUUUAAAUUGUCAAACUUAUCCUGAAUGUUCAAAAUGUGCAGAUGAUGAAAAGUGUGUUAUAGAAGAACCAAACUGUUAUGCUUGUGGAUCUGCUACUUGUGUCAAAAAAUCUUAUGCGUGUGUUAAUUGUAUUAUGGCAAUGCCAACGUGUCCAGCUUGUCCUGGAUCAUAUGAAUGCCAAAUAAUUAAACAAAAUUGUUUUACUUGCGCUCAAAAUAUUUGCGUUCCUAAAAGCUCUUAA